AUGGAGCUUCCUUUCGAGACGUACGACGUCUUCACCGAUACCCCCUACCGCGGCAACCCCCUCGCCGUCGUCACCGUCCCGGCCUCGCUGCCCGCGCCGCCCACCCAGGCCCAGAAGCAGGCCGUCGCGCGCGAGUUUAACCUCUCCGAGACCAUCUUCAUCCACGAGCCCCCCGCCGACCAGCCCAGCAGCACCUCCCGCACCGUCGACAUCUUCGUCACCAACGCCGAGAUCCCCUUUGCCGGGCACCCGACCAUCGGCGCCGCCGUCUCUCUGCUGAGCAACCCCGGCGCCGGCGUCGACACCAUCGUCACCAAGGCCGGGCCCAUCCCCGUGGCCGCCGCCGGCCCGGGAGCCGCCCGCGCGGCCAUCCCGCACAACGUGCACCUGCACGCCAAGCGCCUGCGGGACCUCCCCUCCCCGCCGGCGGGCCUGUCCGAGGUGCCCGCGCUGCGCGCCGCCGAGCUGGACGCCCCGGUGUACAGCAUCGUCCGCGGCAUGAGCUUCGUGCUCAUCGAGCUGCCGUCGCUGGAAGCGCUCGCGCAGGCCACCCAGUCGCCCUUCACGGGACCCGUCGACGAGCUGCUGGACGACGGGUGGCGCUCGGGGCUGUGCUGCCGCUUCUACUGGGUGCGCACCGGCACCACCACCGAGACGGCGGACGACGGCGAGGCCGUUGAGGCGGUGAAGCUGCGCACGCGCAUGAUUGACGCGCUGUGCGAGGACCCCGCGACCGGCUCGGCGUCGUCGGCGCUCUGCUGCUACCUGAGCGCCGCCCUGGCGGAGCAGAAGGCGCCCAGGCGUCGCUACGAGUUGACCCAGGGCGUCGAGAUGGGCCGCGAGAGCAACAUCGUCGUCGAGGUGACGAUGAAGGAGGACGCCAUUGACCAGGUUCACCUCUCAGGCAAGGCUGUCAAGAUCAUGAAGGGCACCUUGAUUAUUUAA